AUGGCUGACCCGAAACCAUUAUGUACACCGCCAGAGCUAAUGCUCAAGGUGAUACUGGCUGGGACUUUGAGCCACUACGAAGCUCGAGGCAUGAUCGAUGACAAACGCCUAGAGCACAUGCUGGCUGCUGGAAAGCAGAUCCUGUACAAGACACACCAGGAGAGCGAAGUCAGGCACAACCUCGGCAUGUCUCCGGACAUUUGGCAAGGCCUUACAGAUGUCUUGACAAAAGCGAUUCCGGUCCUCGAGUCGCAGUCUUUCGCUUGGAAGAGUCCAUCCGCUACAUAUGAACACUCCUCGUCAAACCUCAUCGCAUACAAUUAUUUUUCAUUGGUGAAAGACAUCGAACGGCUUAAUGAUCUGUGCACAAUUGCCCGAAACUUACUCGCCACAACCAAGAAGGCACAGAACUUGGCAGCUGCUAAGGGUUUCGACCAAAGAAUCCUCGCCUUGAUUGAUACAUGCGUACGAGUAACAGCUAGAGGGUUUGACGGCGAGACCAAUGCCCGCAAUGAGGAGCGUUGGCAGAAGGUGGUUAAUCUUUACAAGCGCCUACUGAUAACGUGCCUCCAAUAUUUGCAUAAUUUCAUCAUGCAUAACGAGCAGCGUAAGAUGGUUCUAUGGUUGGAUCUUUUUGGUUACCACUCGACUGCCGAUACGAAUAUCAUCAAACCCAAGGACGCGUUGGACCCCAUCGCUCGGGCUGAGGGUGUCGCACCCGUUGUGAAGAUUGGAGAGCGUGUAAUUAACCCACCAAUCCGCGCAUUGUACGAUCAAACCGCCGAGGACUUACUGCUGGAGACUAUUGCCAAAUUUCCACGUGAGCCUUCUACAAUCAAAGAAGAAGCUGCUAUGCUACUCUUGGCAAACAUCAAGGACCACAUGGAAAAAAUUCUGGGGCGGGACCUUACUGAUAUUCAAGAGAUGGGCAGAGAUCCAGAGCAAGUUAAAUAUAUACGUGCUGCGUUGACCUCAAUACUGGGCGCCAAAGUGGAUGGAUGGUCUGAUCUCCAGGAUCGGGCCCGUGAAAUGCCACCUGCAUUGACAGAGGAAGACGAACAUGGCCCAACAAAAAAGAAAACAAUUUUAACCAUUGACCGCAGCAUGACCGCUGGAUUUCCACGUUUGUGCUGGGCUGAUUUGCCUGAGGUCAAUGAUUACGCAGUGGAUGCUGAGGUGACGGAUGAUGACACGAGCAUGCCGCGUUCGUCCCAAUCUGCAGCCGAGACACUGCAGGAGGCCAAGGAAGAAUUAAUGGCGCGCCUUCAAGAGUCAUCACACCUGGGCGACGGCGAUGUUGAUUACGAUACGGCCGAUGCUGGAACCGUGGGCGACGAUGACUCACAAAGCCUGGAAGGCCAUGCGGACGGAAGCAUUGAAGGGGACGAGGAAGACGAGGGAGAUCUUGAUGUGGAUGGCCCUGAUGAUGGCGCAGAAGUAGAUGACGAAGAAGACGACGAUGACUACCGUGGCCGCCCCGGCGAUCAACAACGUGGCCUGUUGACCGACAUCCCUCUUGUCCUCGGCCCUGCUGAGAUUGAAGCGCUUCCCAUGAUUAUCCAGGCAGGAAUCGUGGAUAGUUUUGGACUUAAAGGUGGAGAGAGGAAUGGUUCGCGGAACAUGCAAGCUCUCCGCUGUCACAUCCUCCUUGCGCAGGAGACAGGCCGCAACUUGCUCCGUGAGCUUCUGAUCUUCAUCGCAGCUUGGGAUCUGCCAGACGAUGAACUUUAUUUUAAAAUGAUGGUCCAGAUUAUGGAAGCGGUGCUUCGGAAUGGACUCAUGUCGCAUGCCUACUCCGACUUCGGGCAGCCUAAAGAUAUCAUUUCGCCAGCCCAGGCAGUGGUUAUCAAGAUUCUUACGCACAUCUUCCGUGCCAAAUACUCCCCGGCCUCGGUGACGGGAUCAUCUCAAAAUAAUAUUCCUCGGAUCCCAUCGCCCUUGAGCCGUGUUGAUAUUCUCACCGUCCGAUAUAUAUUCACCAUAUUCCGCGGUAAUAUCAUCCCGGAAACCUGUGCUUUGAUCUAUCUCCAGGGUCAGAUUCGUGCGGAGCGUGCACUCCCAGAAGACUUCCCUCUCAACCUGUGGGAUAUGGAACGAGUGUACGAGGGCGUGUAUCAGUUCCUCGAGUUUUUCGCCGUCCUUACCGAGAAUAAUGACUGGAAGAAUCUACUGGUGAAAUGGGAGAUUGUUUAUGACUUGGUAACUUUGAUCAAGGAGCUAGAGGCCAGCAUACCCAAGGGUCAACUCAACGGGAUGUCCUAUGGUUCAGUUCCACCGCCGCCACCUCCACCCCGUAGCACUUCACCAGAUGACCAGUCGCCCUCAUCUCCAGCCCCUGUUGCUGUUGAGCGUCCCUAUGACCCGGGUGACCCAGAACCAAUCGACAACGUUGCUGGCAGCGUUGACUCGCGUCCAGAGUCUCCCCCAAUCACUGAAGAUCCCUCGGAAUUCGAGUGGCGGAACCUCAAGAAAUUGGUUGUUUUGGUCCUGUCCUCAUUGGUCUGGAAGUGCCCUGAGGUCCAGGAACAAAUACGUCGCUACGGUGGUGUCGAGGCCAUCCUAUCAUGUACCAACUUUGACACCAACAAUCUUUAUAUUAAGGAGCAUGCUGUCAUGUGCUUGAAGUUCUUGUUGGAGGGUAAUCCUGAGAACCAGCGUCUGGUGGAAGAGCUGGAAGCUCGGGAAGUUGUCAGUGACGAGGGUGGGAUUUUGGAGAAAAAUGGCUACGAGGCUAUGAUAAACCAGGCCGGUAAACUUGCACUUCGUUCCAAGGAGAACACUAACUAG